GAGAAGGCGGAAGCAGCGACAGCCGCGGCAGGGGCUGAGGCUCCGGCCGUCUGCGGACGCAGCGGCUGCUGCCCUCGAACCAGGAGUUGGCCGUCGGAGCCACUUGGUCUCCGGGCGCCGCCUGUGUUGGCGACGCCUUGUGGCCCCGGGGAGCCUUCCGUGUCGGCUGUGGCGUCUCUGCGUGUGCGAGCGCGAUUGUUCCAGACUCAGUGUUGAUAAAGCUGUUCCUAGUACUUGGCUUCAGGGGAACUCCAGCUGAGACUGUCUUUGUGCGUGAACAAAAAGCACCUAAAGGUUGGAUGUUUAGGAUUUGCUUGUUUCUCUGAGAGCAGGCGACAGGAGAACCACUUGUCACAUCCUAAGUGUAGGCUUUGUGACUUGGGUUGCUGGCAUUUCACACCUCCUUUGAUGAUGCUUGCAGGGGUAUAGCCCACAGAAGCCAGAAGAAGGUAUCAGAUCCCCAGGAGCUGGAGGUAUAAGUGGUUGUAAGCCUUCUGCUGUGGAUUCUGGAAUCCAAACCCGUGUAUUCUGGAAGAACUACACUUGUUCUUAACUGCCGAGCCAUCUCUGCAGCUCCCAAGAAGGGAUCUUGAGCAGAUUGACUGAUAACAAAGCUACUAUGAGUCUGUUACACUGUGAAAACAGCUGUGGGUCCAACCAAUCCUCAAGUGACUGUUGUGCUGCCAUGGCCACCUCCUGCAGUGCUGCAGUGAAAGAUGACAGUGUGAGUGUAUCUGCCAGCACGGGGAACCUCUCCAGCUCCUUCAUGGAAGAGAUCCAGGGAUAUGAUGUGGAGUUUGACCCACCUUUGGAAAGCAAGUACGAAUGCCCCAUCUGCUUGAUGGCUUUACGGGAAGCUGUGCAAACACCAUGUGGCCACAGGUUCUGCAAAGCCUGCAUCAUCAAAUCCAUAAGGGAUGCAGGUCACAAAUGUCCAGUCGAUAAUGAAAUACUGCUGGAAAAUCAACUGUUUCCUGACAAUUUCGCAAAGCGAGAGAUUCUGUCCCUGACGGUAAAGUGCCCAAAUAAAGGCUGUUUGCAAAAGAUGGAGCUGAGACAUCUCGAGGAUCAUCAAGCACAUUGUGAAUUUGCUCUUAUGAAUUGCCCCCAAUGUCAACGUCCUUUCCAAAAGUGCCACUUUCAUAUGCACAUCAUCGAGGAUUGUCCCAGGAGACAGGUUUCUUGUGUAAACUGUGCUGUGUCCAUGCCAUUUGAAGAGAAAGAGAUCCAUGAUCAGACCUGUCCUUUGGCAAAUAUCAUCUGUGAAUACUGUGGUACAGUCCUCAUCAGAGAACAGAUGCCUAAUCAUUAUGAUCUAGACUGCCCAACAGCUCCAAUCCCUUGCUCAUUCAGUGUUUUUGGCUGUCAUGAGAAGAUGCAGAGAAAUCACCUAGCACGACACCUGCAAGAGAAUACUCAGUUGCACAUGAGAUUGUUGGCCCAGGCUGUUCAUAAUGUAAACCUCACUUUGCAUUCAUGUGAUACUUCUUCUCCAUCCCGGGGAUGUUGUCCAGAGGACCCAAAUUAUGAGGAAACUAUCAAACAGUUGGAAAGUCGCCUAGUAAGACAGGACCAUCAAAUCCGGGAACUGACUGCCAAGAUGGAAACUCAGAGUAUCCAUGUAAGCGAGCUCAAACGAACCAUCCGUACCCUUGAGGACAAAGUUGCUGAAAUGGAAGCACAACAGUGUAACGGGAUUUAUAUCUGGAAGAUUGGCAACUUUGGGAUGCACUUGAAAUCCCAAGAAGAGGAGAAGCCUGUUGUCAUUCAUAGCCCUGGGUUCUACACAGGCAGACCUGGGUACAAGCUGUGCAUGCGCCUGCACCUUCAGCUACCAACAGCUCAGCGCUGUGCAAACUAUAUAUCCCUGUUUGUCCACACCAUGCAAGGAGAGUAUGACAGCCAUCUCCCCUGGCCCUUCCAGGGCACCAUACGCCUUACAAUUCUUGAUCAAUCUGAAGCAGUAAUAAGGCAAAACCACGAAGAGGUCAUGGAUGCUAAACCAGAGCUGCUUGCCUUUCAGCGUCCCACAAUCCCACGGAACCCCAAAGGUUUUGGCUAUGUAACAUUUAUGCACCUGGAAGCCUUAAGACAGGGAACCUUCGUUAAGGAUGACACAUUAUUAGUACGCUGUGAAGUCUCUACUCGCUUUGAUAUGGGUGGCCUUCGGAAGGAGGGUUUCCAGCCACGAAGUACUGAUGCAGGAGUGUAACACCAUUUACUUGUGGUAGAGAACUAGAGAGCAUAUGAGCAACAGUGCCUGCCUUGCCUGGUCCCGAAAAAGAAUAUUCAAACAAGCAGUGGGAGAGGUGUGUCACCUAGCAGCAAAUGUCAUCAGUGAAGUCUUUCUACUUCUUACUGUUACAAAUAUCUGAGACAAUGCUCAUGGGGACCUAAUGUCCCCUGUGUCUUCAGAAACUUAACAUUUGAAGAGCUGUGCCUAAUCUGCUUGUCAGUUAGUGUACCUCUUCAUUGUACUUCCAUGGGCUUUUUCCCAUGGGAGUACAGAGUGAGUGUGCUGUUAGUCGGCCAGAGUUAGUGUGCUAAAGCUCAAUUGUUUAAUAGAACUAGGUGCCUUAGAAACUGAGGCUGUUUUUAGGACAUUUAUGACUAUAUUAAACAUGAGAGUCACUACUGCCUGUGCUGACACCAGUGAGAAAGUUGCUGCUUGGGUGCUGAGUUCUCAUUUUAGUUGACGCCUGUGAAUUUCAGAAGCUUUGAACCAUGGUCCCUGGAAAAUCUAAGUUCUCAUGCUGCCUUCCCCAUUGUUCACGGAGGAUCCAGAGACUGCGCUAACCCUUACUCUAGUGUGAACACUUUGUCUGUUGAGCACCAAGUGCUUCUUCCCUGCUUACGUAUUCUGAGGCUCCAGGCAGCCACUUCUCCAGUGUAACACUGGUAAUAGGGUUGUCAGCUGUCGACUGUUACUGCCAUGUAAGCUUUCUUGUCUGUUCAGUGCAGCUUGGUUUCCCCAUCCCUGGGUAUGUCUUCUUUUGCUUACAAACACAAAAUCACCAGCAUAAACAUUAAAAGUGAUUCAGUUCAUCGGCCCUUAAAUGGCACACAUCUUAUGGGUGACUACAGAAACUCUUGCAGCCAGGCAACUUGUCAGCCCUCCUUUUGAUUUAGCUUAGUUAAUUGAAAUAAAAUUGAUUUCCUCAAGGGGCUGGAGAGAUGGCUCAGCGGUUAAGAGCACUGGCUAUUCUUCCAAAGAACCCAGGUUCAAGUCUCAGCACCCACAUGGCAGUUUAUAGCUGUCUGUAACUCCAGUUCCAGGGGACCUGACACACUCAUACAGACACACAUGCAGGCAGAACACCAAAGCACAUAAAAUAAAAGUAAAAGUAUCUCCUCACAAUAGAAUCUGUUAAAACUUAAAUUGUAGGUAUUUGAGAGAUGUCUAAACCAAGGUUGGCAGUCACAGUGGUUGAGCUUGAGUGGGUGGUAUUAGUCCAGCUCAAUGGCAGUUCUGAGCAUAUUCUGUAGAAUGUAUUGGUGUAACAUGGAGAGACAGGUGAUCGUUGUGCUGUUGUUCUGUGGAAUUUAGUUCUCAGGGAGCCCUACAACUAAUUAGAGCACUUAUAAGGAACCUAAGGGGAUCCAUCUACUGCUAUUUCCACAAGAUUGUUUAUGUUUUCUAGUCAUAAGGAAAGGGACUUCUGUCCGGCCAAGUCAGAACCUCUGGCCAGUGCUAGAUCUGCCCUGCUUCCCAGAGGACACCCGAGACCUUGACAGACAGAGGAGUGUGCUUUUCAGUUGUAGCCUGUCCCCCGCAAGUGGCACUUUGACCUCUUUGUUUUUCUCUUUUUGCUGCAUCCCACCCAUAAAGGUGAAGGAAAGACUUUGCCCCUCCCUUAGCACAAGCUCACCGUGUGUCACCAAUUGGUUUCCGGAGAGUGCGGUCUUAGCUGUGCCUUCAGCAGCCUGAGCCACUGGCAGCGCCUGCCUCCUGCCCGGGAAACCUGCAUAUUCCGUAAUAAACAUUUUUAUCAGCAAGUCAAAUGUCGCCACAAAAUAUCAGCUCCUUCUCCCCUCUGUGUUUUGAAAAAGGAAAUGAUAUUUAAAAGCUUCCUGGUCAGAUUUCUAUUUAAAAGAUGCCUGUAUCAGGUGGUAAGAGCAGUCAUUUCCUGCCUAGGUUUUGACUUUUUUUUUUAGCUCCAGCAUCCUGAGUUUUUUGCCUAAGUUAAACUUUUCCCAGCAUGAUGAUGUCCCUGCCUGUAGAGCAAGUUGGAUUAGGUUAGUGGAUGUAUUGAGAUGCUCAAUGUUAAGCCACAAAACACUGACAAUCCUGGCUUUACCAGUGGGAAAUCAUUGUGACUGUCCCCACUACUGACACGGUGCUUUAUUUUAAUGUCUGUCAGCUGAAGUGCAGCUAACGUAGUUUUAUAACUUCUCGAAUUUGAUGUUUAUAAUGAGCCAACUGAUUAUCUUUGACACUCAGUCACCAUGGAUGCGGAGUAAAAUGAUCGAGCUGGUUUUUUAGACACUCUUCUUAGUUGUCCCCCUAGUCCUGAGCGUUCUCAUUUCGCCAUUGGUCUGUAAGAAUCUGACCAGUGUUUACAGUGUGUUGGUCAUGCUUUCCUAACAGUUUUUCUCUCCUCCAAAAAAUGUCCAAUUCAUUAUUGGAGAUUUUUCUCCAAGUCAAACAUUUUUCUAUAGAAAUUAGGCCUGGCCUGUUGGUGAUUGUAGUUUGGUAAUUGGUCCUUUAGCAAUGAGCAUUUCUGCCUGUUUUGUUUCCUCUGAGACCGAAAAGGAGGGAAGGGUGAAUUAGAAUGCAAGAAGGGCUUUUUUUUUAUUCACCCUAAUAAAAUCAACUGACAGGCGUUAGAUUAUUUCUCACAGUUAAAUUUCAUGACUGGCAUAAAGUUGAAUUUUUACCAGUAUCAAGACUAACUUGUGAAUUAGUCUAAUAUGUGCAAUUAGACUGUUCUCUUAACAGAGAAGUUGCUUGCUACUGCUUUAUCUAAAGUUUCCUUAAUCUCUUGUGACCAGAAAGUUUUAAUUACUAGAGGUUAUUCUAACUUAAGACUUUGAAGUGCUUUUUUUUUCCUGUUAUUAACCCAGUUCUUUUCUGACAUCUCUCAAAUCCUCUUCAUUGUCUUAAUAUAAAAUGUCAUUAUUUGUUUUUGUGGGGUAUUUGGUGAUUAUUUUCCUAGACGCCCUAAGUAGGUGACUAGGGUACAGUCAGCUGUCAUUUGAUUGUCUGUUGAAAUACUCCUUAAAUGUCAGCAUUCUCAGAGUAGCUGUCAUUUGUUUCAUUGUUGAUGUGAUUGUCUGUGGAAUGAAAUGGACUGGUGCUUCCCAAUUCCCAGAAACCAGAAAAAUGAACCAAAUGUGAUCAACCUGAAGUUAACACUCAGGGGCAAGCCUUGAGGUCACUCAAAUGGAAUUAACCUAGUUUUUUCUCUGAAUGUCACCUGUGUCUUUGAUGGUUUAAACUACCCGACUCCCUCCUCCCCACCCCCAAAAAAAUCACGUUAAUAAAAAAAUAAAACAGGAAAACAAUUCUAGUUGAAAACGUGGAGUGUGGAGAGGCGCUCCUUGUCCUGCCCAGUGUCUCCUUAGCAGAACCCAGCCCUACCUGACAGAGAAGGGAAAGGGUGGCCUGCUGGACACUUGCCACUCAGAAUGUAGUGCAGUGUGACUCCUGGAAACGCAGUUCCCUUUUGUGUGGGCCCCAGGGGAGGACCGAAGUCCUGUUCUAGUCAAUGUUGUGGCCCCUGUUCCUAGCAGACGGUGUGUGGCGUGAGCAAUAACUAGCAACACUCAGUGGAAGCCAGGUGGAAGCCAGCUGGCUCCUGGGUCGCCUGCUGACUGUGUAAGUUGCCAAAGGGACUAUUCUGUCUCUGCUUUUCCCCCAGCACUUUAUCAUAGCAGUUCUCAAAUACAGAGACAUGUUUAAAGCCUAGUGAACAUCUACCACCCAGGACUGCAGGAAUGUUUGUUAGGUUUGCCCUGUUGUGUGAUGUUCCUUCAAUGCAGCUUCUACUUUCUUUAAGACUGUUCAGUCCUGAAAUAAACGGCUUGGACUUGUCUAAAAUUCUCCUUAGAAACUUGUGGUGCUUUAUUGUAAUUCAAAUGGUAGCCUCUGCUUUAUGCCAACGUAAAAUUUGUGUGACUGUUGUGUGGAACUUUAAUCUCAUUUCUUUGUCUCCAGGAGUAUUUUUCAUAAAGGAUUUAUUUGCAAGUUCCUAGACAUGUAGACUCUUCUAAUGUUAUUUUCUUACUUGAGUUCAUUCUUUGGGGAAGAAUGUAAUUUGGAGCACAUUUCACUAAUAUAUAUGAUUUCAGGAUUAUGUUCCUUGGAGACCAAAGUGAUUUAGCAUAGAUACUAAAUUUGGAGACAGGAAAUAGAUUGUUGUAGGGGUCUCUGUGACUUCUAUGGAGAGCAGAAUGAUGGACCUCGGGAGGCAAGAAGGCAGUUCAAUUCAACACAACUAUGUAGUUGCUAGGUCAAACUUCAAGAGUCUGACCUCAAAUGGUUUAUUUGGGGCAUAUUUAAGGUGAAAACUUUUCUCAUGAUAAUUAAGUCAGUCCUUUGUAUACAAUGAAACAUACAUAAAUCUCUGAGGAACAAAGUAAGCUAAAUAAAGAUCGCAUGUGACCACAUCAAAACUUUAUAAAGAGCAGAUGACACCUCCCAUAAUGGGUUCUGUAGACUUGCUGGAAAAGCAUUUGAUAAGGGUCUGGAGGAGGGUCAGGUGUAGACUCCAGUCACACACAUUUCACAAAGGUCACCAAGCUCAUGUCUGUUCCCAGCCUUCUAGGUGGAUAACAGAUUACACAUCCCUUCUUUUGAAGGAACAUCCCUAUGUGCUAACAACAUCCCUGUUUCCCCUAGUGCUUUCCAUGAGCUCAAGGACCUCUGUUCCUCCUACAUAUUUUACAGUUUUGUUUGUGACAGUUUAUCUACCUGUAAAGUGGGAACUAGAAUUUGAAAUUUAGAUAUUAUGGAGAGGGAACAUUUUUUAUGCCUAGGUAUAUUUUUGAAGGUAUUUUAUAGACUUAGGGAGACCACUUACAAUUUAUUUUGUAGUUGAAAACCUAUAGAGUGAAAUCUGACUUUAAAAUGCAGUGGUCAGAUGGUUGCAAGCCUACUGUGCUCAGAGUUCUGUUGUGGAAUUGGUAAGGGGUCUUUCUAAUGCUUUGGACUCUAAAAAUAUGCACUGUAUGGGGUGGGUGUAAAGAUGAAGUGAGGGUAGUAGUAAUCUUAGAUUUCAGUUGAGCAGGUUUGUUUAGGAACAGAUGGAAAUAAUUGUCCAGAUUCAAUGCCCCACAGUCAACCACACAUGCAGCUGAUUGCAGGGUUGAUGCAGAAGGAAGGUCUGAGGUUACUAUGCUUAGCAGGCUCUCUGCACUCAAUCUAAUAGAUAAGCAUGACGUCUUUCCAAACCUAGGUCACAAAUGUGCACAUUCAUCUUGCAAGAGGCACCUGGAGUCUGGCUCUCAUUUGUGCCUUAGCUGUAAAGAUAGGACCAAAACAACAUGCCUUGAAUGUGUAGACUGACAUACUUUCUCCCCUUCUUCCUUGUCAGCCUGUAUAUUGUACAGUGUCUUUACAAAUGAGUACUUAAUUGAAAUGAAAUAUAUAUAUGCAAAUAUCACAAUGGUUUUAAUAAAAUAACAAGAUUGA